AUGGACAAGACCAAGAAAAGAAGAAGAAAAAAAACCCGUUACUCUCUCACAUAGAACUGAAUUUUUAGAGAGAGAGAGAGAGAGAGAGUGAUGGCACUCUUAGUAGAAAGUCCAGUUGUUGUGGGAACAACAAAUGUAUUUGAAGAGGGAAAGUUGAGUGUGGAAAGCAUAACAGUGAAUGAAUCAUCAUCAUCAUCACCACCUAAACCAUUGUUAAUUGUUACACCAACGUUGGAAGGCACAUAUCCUGUGCUGUUGUUUUUCCAUGGAUUCUUGAUUCAGAAUAAAUCCUACGAAGAGAUUCUCCAGCAUAUAUCUUCCCAUGGAUUUAUAGUCGUUGCUCCUCAGUUGUACACCUUCAUUUCUUCUGGGACUGAGGAAGUUGAUUCUGCUGCAGAAGUCACAAACUGGUUAUCCGCAGGCCUUCAAUCCACACUGCCUAAAAAUGUUCAAGCAAAUCUCCUCAAACUAGCCCUUUCCGGCCAUAGCCGAGGUGGAAAAGCCGCAUUUGCCCUUGCACUAGGCCAUGCCGAAACCCAACCAACUCUAAAAUUUUCGGCUUUAAUAGGACUUGACCCCGUUGCAGGUUCAAGCAUAAAAGGCCAAAUCGACCCCAAAAUUCUCACUUUCGUUCCUCGUUCUUUCGAUUUAUCAAUCCCCAUCGCCAUGAUUGGCACCGGGAAGUCACCAGCGUGUGCCCCGGAUGGAGUGAACCAUUGUGAGUUCUUCACGGAAUCCAAACCACCAUGCUACUAUUUUUAUGCCAAGGACUAUGGUCAUGUGGACAUGUUGGAUGACCCAAAUAUUAUUUUACGUCUUGCUUGUUCGGGUGGGAAGGGCGAUAUGGACCCAUUUAAGAAAUGUGUGGGAGGGAUUUUUGUGGCAUUUUUAAGGGCUUGUUUGGAUGGUGAGAAUGAAGAUCUGAAAUCGAUUGGGGAUGAACCUGGUGUUGCUCCUGUUACGCUUGAUCCAGUUAUCUACAUUGAAGCAUAAGAUCCUAUCCUUCAUGUUUAAAAAUCGAGUUAAAUAAAUGAAUUGUUGUUCCCUUAUCUAAUAAUAAUAAUGAAUAAUUGUCCUUUUUAAUGAAUGAAUUGUGUACCUAGGUUGAGUACCAAUAAAUUCCUAAGGCAGUGUCAUUUUGGGUUGCCUUGUCUUGUUUGUAAGGUUGUGGUGUUUGUAAGGUUGUGGUCUUCUUUGAUGUGUUUUGUGUCUUAUUAGACGUGUCUUUGAGUUUUAUGUAUUUUGCUUCUAUAAUAAUCACUCUGGAAAAAAUAAUAAUUGUCCUAGUCUGAUAAUUGUGCUCAACAUUGUAGCAUUCCUUCUAUCCAUAUAUGUGACAGUUUAAAUCAUGUUUUAUGUU